AUGAAGGUCUCCGGUCUUUUCGCCGUUUUCGCUACCGCACUGGCCGCUGGUGCCGUAGCCGUGCCAGAUUCCACGCUCGACGAGCGUGCCACCGUCAAAUUCAACGCCGCCGAGGCUGCUGCCCUGAGGGCCCAAACACAAAGCACAAUCAGCCAGCUCCGGAACCUUCAGAGAAGCUACGAUAGCCGUGUCAGAUCCACCGUCGACGGCUGGAGCGGCUCCGCCCGCGCCGCGAUCCAACAGGAUGUGCAGUCGUUCGAUACGGCGAUUGCCAAGGCAAACCAGGAACUUGAGCAGAUUGUUGCUACGCUGAACAGGCUCCUCUAA